AUGGCACAUGCUAACAUAAAAACAACAUCGACAAGUUUUUUUUUACAAGGAACAUUGAAAUCCCAAAGUAAUAAUGGCAGCCGCCCCAUCAAAGCAUGUUCAGGAGCUAAUGAAGCAGCCGAAAGUCGUGGAAAAAAAGCACACAGAAACUUCUUGUCCAAAACAGCGGCUAUCCUGUUUGUUGGUUCUGCGUAUAUCUUUUUAAAACACCAGGAUGACCUCCAGAGACAGCAUGUCGCUUCUUCUACAUUACAAGGAAAUAGAAAUGUUACUAGAAAUUUAGCCACGACAAUAGAAGCAGCAACUCCAUCACAAGAUAAGUUUCAACUAGAAGAUAUUGAUUGGGUACAAAGUGAAGAUAACGGACAAGACGUUCCUGCAGGAGAAACACAAGGAAUAGGAUAUUUAGAAGGCGAGGACGAGGUACAACAGGAAGUUUAUUCUGAUGAAGACUGGGAAGAAACAGAGGAUGAAGAACAAGCUGUUGCAGACGAAGGAGAAUCGGAAGGAGAAACGACAGGGGUUCGCAAAAACGGAAGUGACAAACCGACAAGUAGCAGUACGAACAAGCGCAAAAGUGUGAAUAAACACCAGGACAAAAUCGUGACGAAGAAAGAAGCCACCAAUUAUUACAGUGUAAAAAACAAGGAAGAUUUAAAACAUUCAAGGCUGAAUGGGAAUGAAGCAGAAAAGGCGAAGAAUAAGGAAAGGGAGUCCAUUAAUAAUAACCUUUCUGUAGAAAAUGCACUUAAACAGUCCAAGAGGGAUGAGAAGGAGAAAGAAAGUGGAGAAAAAACUGAGGAACAGGGUGAAGUUAAUGCUGACAAACAGUGCGCAGAAGAAGCUGCUGAAUUAGAAUCGACACAAGCCCAGGAAGAGGUACAAGAACAUUACGUAAUGGAAGAUUCAGUAUUUACAGAUUGGAACAGAUUCAUGCAGAACUUAGAAUAUGAUUGGGAAGAAUUUAGAGUAUACUUAAAUAAGGCAAGAGCGAAGUUCAUGGAACAAAAAAAUAAAGAACACUCUAGAUGGAUUAACUUAGUUCUAUGUAAAUGGAUUCAUUAUACUCAAAUUUCAACAACAGGAGAGGAUCCGCAAAAUUUGAGAAAACGACAUUUGAGCAAUGUGGAAUAUAAGAAAUGGUUUAAUACAGAAAUAAAACCCCAAAUAGAUGUACAAUUGGACAAAUGGUUUAACGACACCCAUUUGAAUUUAUUUAAAAUUCUCAAGAAUAAUAUGAUACAAUUUAAAAACAAAAAAAUCAAAGAAUGGUUAAUGUAUCACUGGAAACAGAACGAAGGGUAUUCUGGUUAUGAAUCGCUUGAACUUAUGACAGCAUCAGAAUUCUUAAAUUUGGUCAAGUCUCGAGAAUGGUACCGUUCCAGUAUAGACAUGGAUUAUCAAGGACAGGAACUUACAAAAUGGUUUCUCCCUAAAGAAAAAGAAUAUUUAAAACAGGAACAGUCAACCUGGGCACAUUGGGAAAAAGAUAAGUAUGAUGUAAUUAAUUCAAUGUGUAUAACACUUUCUGGAAAACGCCUAACACAAGAAGAAUGGAAUCAAUUUGUUAAUGAAAUAAAAAUUUGA